CUUGAAUGCAGCAUGCUUGAUAGAGCCCCCUGGGUGCCCACUAGAUAAAGUGACGUGUUUGGGAGGCGGGGCUUGCUCCCAGGUGAACACCGCACAGGUGUAAGGUGGGAAAUGUGCGUCCUGAAAACCAAAUGAAGGCGUCGGGCUCCGUGACUCGGGCCCCGCUCUGUGCUCCGCUAUGGCCCACGGCUGCGUGGGGAACUGCGCGCUGCUCUUCUUCCUCGCCGUUGUGUUUGACGCAGCGGGCCUGGUUGUGCUCCUGGUCGGGAUUUUCGGCAACCUGAACGUGGACGGCCGCUUCUAUGGGGAUUUCCUCAUCUACACGGGCUCGAUCAUCAUCUUCCUCAGCCUGAUGUGGUGGAUCCUGUGGUACACCGGGAACGUGCAGCUGUACGAGGAGCGCGGCGGCUCCCUGGACCUCAACUUUACGCACUGGGCCAGGAAGCUGUCCGAGAGGCUCUCCAAGGGCGGCAUGAAGACCCUGGAAGCCGGGGAGGCUCUGAAGAAGGAGAGCAUGGUGGGGAACGGGAAGGAGGUGCAGGGCUGUGGGUCUGUGCGCGCUUCGGCUCCGUGUCGCAUUACGUGGGAAGACGGAGGAGGAGGAGGAGGAGGAGGAGGAGGAAGCGUGUCGGGUCAGGACAACAGAGGCUUUGAUGGAUGGACGGAGCGCAUGUCUCCGGCUGAUAAAAACGUGGAGAUGGGGGUGUUGAAGAGCUCCGACGUGGCUCUGCAGGCGGCGGACGGCAAAGCAGAGAGACUUCUCUGACAGGAGGUCAUGGUGAGACUUUCCUGCUGCUGACAGAUUCUGACUCCGAUCUCUUGCUGCUUUCCAAGAACUCCAGCAGACUGAAGGCUUUGAACUAAUGAACUAAAGUCACUUUUUUUUGCAAUAAGAAGACGAUUUCUUAAUCAGGGAAAAGCCUCCUGCAGCUGUAGCAGGCAGACAGGCAUGCACAGAGAGAGAAAGAGUCUGCAACAUGUACAUAGCAAAUUUAUAUUUUUGAUGAUGUCGUCACAUAUGUAAAUUAUUUUUCUUGGGAAUAAAGUUUACACGUUGUUACAUUU